UGACCAUCUCAUGCUCAAUCUAAACCUAAUCUGCCAACCCCAACAGUGCCAAACCAAACCCCUCUCCCCCCCUCCCCCUCUUCAAUUCCUUUAGCUAUAAAGACACACUGCCUCCCCCCCUCUCCCCCAUACUCAAAUCCUUUGCUCAUCUCCGAAGAACUCAACACUCUUCAACCACGUACGUGCAGAGCCACAAAGCUAGCUGAUCGAGAAUUGACUGAGAUUGAUGGAGAACUUCACCGGCCGCCGGUGCUCUUCCCUCCUACUUGGUCUUUUGCUUCUCCUUUCUUUUUCAUCACUGCUGUCCUCGGCAAAUGCAGAAACUCGCUUCUAUGAUUUUGUGGUGCAAGCAACGCCAGUGAAGAGGCUGUGCAAAACCCAUAACACCAUUACUGUGAACGGCCAGUACCCGGGGCCAACCUUGGAGGUCAACAAUGGAGACACCCUUGUGGUUAAUGUCGUGAAUAGAGCUCGCUACAAUGUCACCAUUCACUGGCAUGGGAUAAGGCAGAUGAGAACGGGAUGGGCAGACGGGCCAGAAUUUGUGACACAGUGCCCGAUAAGGCCCGGAGGAAGCUACACGUAUAGGUUCACAAUCCAGGGACAGGAAGGCACGCUGUGGUGGCACGCCCACAGCUCCUGGCUGAGAGCCACCGUUUACGGCGGUCUCAUCAUUCGUCCUCCGCUGGGCGCCUCCUACCCUUUCCCCAAGCCGAAGCGCGAAACUCCCAUUCUUCUCGGGGAGUGGUGGGAUGCAAACCCGAUUGAUGUAGUGAGACAGGCGACAAGAACAGGGGCGACGCCCAACGUGUCGGACGCAUACACCAUCAACGGUCAGCCUGGUGAUUUUUACAACUGCUCUAGCAAAGAUACCGUCAUCGUCCCGGUGGACUCCGGCGAGACCAACCUUCUCCGCGUCGUCAACUCCGCCCUCAACCAAGAACUAUUCUUCACCAUCGCCAACCACAAGCUCACCGUCGUCGCCGCCGAUGCCUCCUAUACCAAACCCUUCACCACCUCCGUCAUCAUGCUCGGCCCCGGCCAGACCACCGACGUUCUGAUCACCGCCGACCAGCCCCCCGCUCGCUACUACAUGGCGGCGCGCGCCUACUCCAGCGCCCAGGGCGCCCCCUUCGACAACACCACCACCACCGCCAUCCUCGAGUACAAGUCUGCCCCUUGCCCCGCCAAGGGCCUCCGCACCAUCCCUGUCAACGCCUCCCUCCCGGCGUUCAACGACACCGCCACCGCCACCGCGUUCACUACCAGCUUCCGAAGCCUCAGGAAAGUCGAACUCCCCAACGAGGUCGACGAGAACCUCUUCUUCACAGUCGGCCUCGGGCUCAACAACUGCCCGCCCGGCCAACGGCCGCGCAACUGCCAGGGCCCCAAUGGCACCCGCUUCACGGCGAGCAUGAACAAUGUCUCCUUCGUGCUUCCCUCGAGUUUCUCGCUCCUUCAAGCUCAUCAGCAGGGCAUACCCGGAGUGUUCACCACCGAUUUCCCGCCGGCGCCGCCCGUGAAAUUCGACUACACCGGCAACGUGAGCCGCGGGCUGUGGCAGCCCGUUCCGGGGACUAAAUUGUACAAGUUGAAAUACGGGGCCAGAGUUCAACUGGUUAUACAGGGAACGAGCAUUUUCACGGCGGAGAACCACCCAAUUCAUCUCCAUGGCUACGAUUUCUACAUUCUUGCAGAGGGUUUCGGGAAUUUCAACCCCAAAACCGACACCGCUAAAUUCAAUCUAGUUGAUCCGCCGCUGAGGAACACCGUGGGAGUGCCGGUGAACGGGUGGGCAGUCAUCCGAUUCGUCGCCGAUAACCCAGGGGUCUGGCUGAUGCACUGCCACUUGGAUGUUCAUAUUACAUGGGGUCUGGCCAUGGCUUUUCUGGUGGAGAAUGGAAUCGGAGAGCUGCAGACAUUAGAGCCUCCUCCGUUGGAUCUGCCUCUCUGCUAGAAAUCCACCGAUCAGGCAUCGACAACAGAACCAUUACCCACUUUAGAAAUUAAAAUUCAAUGUGCCCUGUAAACAGGGGUUGUUAUUUUAAUACCAUAGUACAUUUUUAUUUUUAUUUCAGUGUUGGUUCGAUUCCCUGCAUUUGGGGGCUUAGUUCUUUAUCCGUUCCAUUGUUUUUUUUUUUUUUUUUUUUGUGAUAGAUAAAUCGGGUAUAGAAGAUAUGGUGCAGCGGGCACAAACCAGAGCACCUAUCUGAUUUACCCUCACACCCGACAUGUGUCAUGAUUUAGUUGUAUUUUUAUUUUAUUUUAUAGAGAUGAUCGAUUUUACAAAUAAAUUCGAAGUUAUAGUGAA